UCGGAAGCUCGGCGCUCUCCGUCCAGCUGCUGCUCUCUUCUCCCGGAGCUCCUGUCCCGGUCGCCUCCUCCCUGCCAUGUCAGUCGUCAGAGCGCUGAGGAGCCGCCGGCUCCUCCGGCAGGUGUCCCCCGUCCUCCAGGCCUCCUGCAGGCGCUACGGCCUGGACGUCCCCGCCGCGCUGCUCCGGACGCAGGGCUACCUGGGCGGCCGCUGGGUCUCUGCAGCCUCGGUGUUCCCGGUUCUGGACCCGGCCACCGGACAGGAGCUGACCCAGGUGUCGGACUGCGGGCCCGCAGAGGCCCAGCAAGCGGGGGCCGCCUACGAGGCGUUUCAGUCCUGGAAGCGCACCACCGCCAAGGAGAGGAGCGUCCUGCUCAGGAAAUGGUCCGACCUGCUGCAGCUGCAUCAGGGUCACCUGGCCCGGAUCCUCACCUUCGAGUCUGGUAAGCCUCUCCCGGAGGCCCUGGGCGAGGUUUCGUACUCGGCCUCCUUCCUGCAGUGGUUCUCAGAAGAAGCUCGCAGAGUUUACGGCGACAUCGUUCCGUCUCCGGCGGCCGACCGCAGGCUGCUGAUUCUCAAGCAGCCAGUAGGGGUCGCCACCAUCAUCACGCCGUGGAACUUCCCCAGCGCCAUGAUCACCAGGAAGGUCGGCGCCGCCCUGGCCGCCGGCUGCACCGUGGUGGUGAAGCCGGCAGAAGACACGCCGCUGUCCGCUCUGGCUCUGGCCGAGCUGGCGCAGCAGGCAGGCGUCCCGCCGGGCGUGGUCAACGUGGUUCCCUGCUCCAGAGACAAGAUGGCCGCCGUGGGCCGAGUUCUGUGCUCUGACCCGCUGGUGGCCAAGAUCUCCUUCACUGGAUCCACGGCAACCGGGAAGGUGUUGCUGAAAAUGGCCGCCGACUCGGUGAAGCGGGUUUCCAUGGAGCUGGGGGGCCACGCCCCCUUCAUCGUGUUUGACAGCGCUGACGUGGAGCGCGCGGUGGGCGGAGCCAUGGCCUCCAAGUUCAGGAACUCCGGACAGACCUGCGUGUGCUCCAACCGCUUCCUGGUCCAGAGCGGGAUCUACGAGCGCUUCCUGGACGGGCUGGGCCGCGCCAUGGACGCCGAGCUGCGUCUGGGCCACGGGUCGGAACCGCACACCACGCAGGGACCGCUCAUCAACGCCAGAGCAGCGGAGAAGGUGGCCCAUCAGAUAGCGGACGCCGUGUCUCGUGGCGCCCAGGUUCUGCGAGGCGGGAAGCGUUUGGAUGGGUCGUUCAUGGAGCCGACCCUGCUGGCGGGCGUCACCACCGACAUGCUGUGUACGCAGGAGGAGACGUUCGGACCGCUGGUUCCAGUCAUCAGGUUCGAGACAGAAGAAGAAGCUCUGGCCGUGGCCAAUGCUUCCAACGUCGGGCUGGCAGGAUACUUCUACUCGCAGGACGUGGGCCAGAUUUGGCGAGUGGCCGAGGCGCUGGAGGUGGGCAUGGUGGGGGUCAACGAGGGCCUCCUGUCCGCCGCCGAGGCCCCUUUCGGCGGGGUCAAGCAGUCGGGCCUGGGCCGGGAGGGAUCCAAGUACGGCAUCGACGAGUACCUGGAGGUCAAGUACAUGUGCUUCGGAGGCCUGAACCCCUGAACCGGGCCGGAGCUGGUACGGCUCCGGAGACAGGAAGAGUUGCUGAUCAACAUGACCCAGGAAGCUUCCCAACCCUCCAGCUGCCAUCAUUAAUAAUUAGUCAUUUAAACUUCU